GCAGACACCACAAAAUGAAAAAUCAAAAAAAGAGGAGAGAUCGAGAGAGAGUUUUUCAACUUUGAAUAAGGAGAAGAGAAGAGAACAUAGCGAAAAAAGAAAGGGGGAAACGAACAAUAGGGUUUCUUCACACAGCUUUACUGAGCGAUUGGUUAACUGAGACCUGAGUUCGUAUUCGGUAGAAUGGCUACUGAGGAAGAAGAACUAGCGGUUGCAAGAGCAAAUUCCGAAGGUGAAGAUGAUUCAAGCUUGAAUAAAGAAGCUGUGGAGAAGAAGGAUCAACGGAAGGAGAAAAGGAAAAAGCGGUUACUAAAGGAAGCGGAAAAAGCGGACAGGCGCGGUGUUUGCUAUUUAAGUCGGGUACCCCCGCACAUGGAUCCUCUGAAGCUUCGUCAGAUUCUGUCUCAGUAUGGAGAAAUUCAAAGGCUCUACCUCACUCCUGAAGAUCCUGCUGCUCAAGUUCGACGAAAAAAGUCUGGUGGAUUCCGAGGACAAGAAUUUUCGGAGGGGUGGGUUGAAUUCACUGACAAGAAAGUUGCCAAGAGAGUGGCUAGGAUGUUAAACGGCGAACAGAUUGGUGGAAGGAAAAGAUCAUCAUUUUAUUAUGAUCUGUGGAAUAUCAAAUAUUUGAGUAAAUUCAAGUGGGAUAAUCUUACCGAAGAGAUAGCAUACAAGAAUGCUAUUCGGGAGCAAAAGCUGGCUUUGGAACUCUCUGCUGCCAAAAGAGAGCGGGAUUUUUAUCUAUCCAAAGUUGACCAAUCUAAAGCAUUGAGUAAAAUAGAAGAACGGUUGAAGAAGAAGCAAAAGGUUGACGUACUACCAAAAGUGAUGCGCCAGUUCCCACAGAAAAAACCAGUUGUGAAUGAAACUGGGGAGAAUAAGGCUCAGCUGUCGAGGGAUAUCCUGGCAGGAGUUUUCGGCGGCUCUUCAUAGACCAUUUUUACCCAUAUAUAUGAUUUCGUGAUGCUUUGCUCGGUGGAGUCCCAUUUUUUAUGUCUCGAGCACAUAAUACCCAGUUUCUUUGUUUUCAUAUCUGUAGCUUUAGAAACUAGCAUAGAUCUUGCAGCAGAACGAUAGAGAUUACUGCAUUGUGAUGUGAAGAGUCUAAAACCACUCUUAUUUGUUGAAUCACAAAUUGCAGUGCUGAAUUUCUGCCGUCUCUCAGGUAAUGUUUAAAUAAUUUGAACGUACCAGACUUGGUUUGUUUAAACAAUUUGAACAUACCAAACUCAAACCAAGUCGUGGAUUCUCUGA